AUGGAAUUCGACGCAGAAGAUUUUACGCACACUAAGGAAUUGCACAACGGAGAGCUCACCGACAGGGCCGACCACGUGGCAAGUCUUUAUUCCAACCUCCGUGCUACCGUUGGCAGUAACCAGUUGGAGGGCGUGGCGCAGAAGGCCCCAGCCGCCCCUGAGGCGACGCCCGAGCCGGCUGCCGCGCGUGGACCGCCGCCCAGCACGCCGCAGAGCUCUGACAAGGGCGCGGCCGCGCAUGAGAGCGACGAGGAGGAGGAUGGCCUCCUCGGCGGAGUCCUUGGCUUGCUCGACAGUGCCGCAGAGCGGGACGCGGCCUCUCAGAUCAGGCGCCUCCAGCUUGCUGUGGAUGAGUUCCCCGCGCUGCAGAGGCCGACGUUGCUGGCCCUCGACAAGAAGCACUACAAGACGCUGAAGACUACAGCUGACUCUCUGACUGCCAAGAUGAAGAUCAUCAGCCGCUCUUUGCAGGAUGACGCCACGACGGUCAUGAAACACGUGAGCAUCAAUUGCAAGAUCUCCAAAGCGUUCAAAGUUUGGGUCAAGAAGGACAGUACGUCUGAGUUUCUUACCGAGUAUAAAGAAGUGGAAUCUUUUGCCAAGGAGCAGCCUGUCAUCGAUAUCAGUCUGCCAGGCUCUGUCCAGAUUGCGCUUCGGGAGAUGAGCUUGAAGCAUCAGCUCGUCGAGGCAGUGAGCGUCGAUGCCCCCGUGGACGUCAUUCCCAUACUGGAUCGCUUCAAGGCGAUUUCGGAGGAUAACUGCCGCGCCCUCUUCACUUCAGAUGAGCUUCUUGCAUGGCAAGAGGACAGGUUGCCGAAACACCCUGGUGAUCAUUUAAAGUGGUUGAGCCGCUUCCUCGGUCCUGUGCCCACGAGUUUGACUUCCUCUACCGCCGCGUUGGACUACCAGCUCUCCCAGUCGAUCAUGGAGAAGCUCGUCUUGCUCAAGGAUCUCUUCGACUUGGCUUCACAUUCGAGCAACCGCGACGUGGUGAACGAUUCGAUCGUGAAGAUCAGGCGCUCCAGCGACAAGACGUUCAAUAUUUUCACGGCUACUGGCGGUGGCACCAAGCUGUUGAAAUACAUCUCUUCUCUGUUGGAAGAGUCAGCCAAGCGGAACGACCGCAUGAAGAAGAUUUGCGACAUGAUUCACAAGGGCGGCGACACCCUGGAUAACAUCAUUCGCUUGGACCAGGGGCUGGCCAACCUGAGCUUCGAGGCCACGCGGGUCGAUCAGGAGACGAUUGCCAACUUUGUCGCUAUCUUCGAGCGCGUCGUCGGGGGCAUCUGCCAGCAGCUCUGCUCUCUCAUGUCACUGGCACUUCAAGGUGGGCUCGAUGAGGCCGCUGCCAAGACGGCGACGGAUGACCUGAAUCAGAAGGUGAUGGGCCCGUUGACCGCCCUGCAGGAUAUGACCUUUAUCAAGCAUGGCCCUGGGGGCCCAGCUACCAGCCAUUCGAAAUUCUUGAAGUUCCUAGCGGACAUUGCGCAGGCCCCCUAUGCAAAGAUCCACGAGAGCGAAGGGGACGUUGAGACUCAGGAGGACCUCGCGACUGCGUUGGCUGCCAUGGAAAUUGCACUGGAGAACGACACAGAGAUCAACGUUUAUCUCAAACGGCUCGGCGUCCAGCUAGAUGCGUUUCAAAAGAUGACGGACGCGGGUGGCGCAUAUUUGGCCAAGCACGAGGGGGACGCGAUCGCUGCGAAGGUCGUUGAGGUCUGCAAGAUCAUGUACCUCGACAGCGAUUACUGGAAGGCUGUGAGGGAGAUGGGCCCUGGUGAGUCCGGACAGCAGUUCUUGGUCAGCUCAAGUAUGUCGGCAGAGGCGGUCGAGAAGCUCGUGGCUGAGUUGACGGAUUUGCGUACCCUCUUUGUGGCAGUCCGCAAGUCCGCGGUAGCAUUGUCGCUGCGCUUGCAGUGGUUUGUGUCUUGUGCAAGGUUCGAGUUCGCAUAUCUGCACCAGAGGAAAAAUGCUCACGACUUUUCUCAGCACCGAGUCGCUGACGGCGAUUCGGAGCUCCGGGCGGCUUGGGGCAGCACGGCGUGCGUUCACUCGAAGAUGGUGAAUUUGCUCGAUUGCAGUGCCGCGAUGAGUUUGGACAUCCAGGGCUCCCCAGCCAUUGUGGACACGCUGAAGAAGUACAAUGUGGUCGACGUCGGCAAGGACAGACUCGUGACCGAAGCCCGCGCUGCUUGCACGGCGUGCGAGGACAUGCUCAAGUCGGUGUUGUGCUCGAUCGCUGCGCAGCUGGACCGAUCGGGUCAGGCGCUCGAACUACAGAUCCCAGAUUUCCAGGGCUGCGUCGUCACCACGUUUGACACCGCCAAGGUUCAGGAGCAGAUCGUAGACAGGUACGACGAGUGGAAAACCUUCGCGCAGCGUUGGGUAGACCUCCAGAAGAUGGCGACUUGGGCGAAGUCCUUCGUCUUCGAGGGUGGCAUCGGCUCCUUUGAGAAGCUGCACGCUCCCACGGUUACGAGGGUGGAUUCAGCUUUGACCGCAGGCAAGAAAUUCAUUUCGGUUGCGUCCACUUGCUACCUCAUCCUUGACACGAUGCCGAAGACCCCCAAGGCGAGCCGGCUUGACGUCCUCACGAACCACGUUAACAAGUGUAAGAAUGCCGGCUUGCCACCUAACUUGCAGGAGUUUUUAAACAAGGAGCUCUCGAAGAUGAAG